AUGCCAGCAAGCUGCCUGUCUACAAUACGUAUCAAGAUCAACUUCCUUGGAUACCAUGCAAAGGAUAUUCCACUAGAUCAAAUGGACCCCGUCCUUGGCGCCAAAUACAACUAUGCUACUCAGCUCCUUUACAAUCCCAUCCUGGCUCUGGUCAAGAACGGAAUGCUUCUGUUCUUCCUCCGUGUCGGCGGCAGUAUCGACAACUUGCGAUUGUUCAUUAUUGCCAUCAUAGUUCUGAAUACUUUGAUGAUGGUCUCAAUUUUUCUGAUCGAUUUGCUGCAGUGCAUACCCAUCAAAAAGACAUUCUAUGCAAACACGGCGGGAACAUGUAUCCAAAUCGGCGAUUUCUUCAUCGGCACUGCGGCGGCGACUAUUCUGACAGACAUUUUGGUCAUGGUCAUCCCAAUCUGGCUGACUUGGAACCUGAAAAUGAGACUAAGGAAGAAAUUGGCAGUCAUUUUUCUACUGUCUAUGGGGUUAUUCGUGACCGGCAUCAGUGUCUAUCGCAUGUACUACCUCAUCGAGGCUUACUACGGAGAGCCAAAUCCGGACGCGACAUACGGCGUUGGAGGAACCGCUUCGAGUAUCGAGGUGAACUUGGCCAUUGCAUCAGCAUGCGGUCCUUUCCUCAAACCAAUGAUUCUGCACUUCUUCCCCAGCUUCUUUGGCCGCGACUCUACGAAUCGAUACUACGAGUACUACGAAGACAAUCCUCCGGACGUCAUGUACCGAGGCGGCGCCGCAAAUUAUUCUGCUACCGCCUCUGCCUCCGCCACCAAAAUUUCAAGGAGGACUUCCCUAAGACGAAAAGAUGAUAACGGGAGGUAUGACCCAGAAAUCGAGCUCCAGAGCCCGGUCGGGAAAACUUCCAAGAGCCUCCGACGCGGCAGGACAACGAUGACGUCUGCGCUUGCGGAGGACGGAGAGGACGACUCGUCUGAGAGGAGAAUGGUGACGACGAUGGAUUUCAUGGAUAUGUUUCCUGGCCACGAACAAGAAUCAGAAACAGGCGGGGAGGGGCAAUGGAUGAAAAACGGAAUCAUGAGAGAGACCAGUGUCAACAUUACGUACUCCCCCAAGUUCAGCGACGAGGACCUGCAGAAUAGAAAAGCCACGGCGCCAGGGUCGGCAUUCUGA